CUCGCCUUGGCCGCCUGCCGGACCUCUACACAAGCCUUCACUCCACUGCAUCAUGCACAAUCAGACCACCACAACCACAUCAAGGUCGACUUCCCGCUCUCUCCUUCAUCACCAUCUUCAUCAUCAUCAAAGAAACUUCCUGAUCUGGUCCCACCACCACAGCCUAGUUCAUCAAGCUAUGGAGCUUCUGACUGGGAUUAGUUGUUCAAGGGGGUUGAAUUCUUCCUUUGUGCCGAUGCCGAUGCCGAUGCCGAUGCCGAUGUCGGAUCAGAACACAAUUUUCUCAUCUGCGUUUUCUCUGCAGGAAUUCAAACCUACCCUUAAUUUCUCUCUAGAUGGGCUUGGGAUGCAAGAGACUAGUGGUGGGAGGCUUCUAUUUCCAUUUGAAGAUCUGAAACAAGUCUCUAGCACAUCAGAUAUUGAGCAAGGUAAAGAACAAGGAGGAGAUUCAACGGGGUAUUGGAAUGGAGUGGAAGCCAUUCACAGAGUUGGUGGAAGAAGGCUCCAUCAUGAGAGAGAAAAGAAAAGAAAAGAAAAGAAAAGAAACAGAGGAGAGGCAGAAAAGAAAGGGAAUGGUGAGGCUAUGGAAAAGUCUCAAACCCCUCAGAAGAUCAUCACCACUCACCCAUGUUCUGGCCAGCUGGCUAGUGCAGGUAUGGCUGUGGUCCAUCACGUGGUGCGGGAUUUUCUGAGGAUUUUGUCGGCUUGGUUUGUUGUAAUGGUAGGCAGGCUGUCAUCUAAGGUCAAACCAUGUGAGUUUUAUAUAUAUAUUAUAGUUUUAUAUAUAUAUUAUACAUAAACAUCCAUGUGAGUUCUAUAUAUAUAUUAUAGUUUUAUAUAUAUAUUAUACAUAAACAUGUCAUGUGCGGAGACAAUGGCAUGGUAUUUCAAAUCCUUCUUUUAUUUUUUAUAUCAACCCACUCACAGCUUCACACACUAUCACUGUUUUUUUAAUCAUUAUUUUAUUUUUUUAUCUUUUCUUUUUGCACAUUCCACCAUCGCCCCCAACAUCCUCCACUCAAAAAUAUUCUCUCUUUUCUUUAUCUAUUUUUUUAUUCUUAUUAUUAUUAUUAAACACAA